CCAUAGUGAAUUUAUUAUAUUUAUAUAUAAAGUGUUUGGGUCACUACCACAAUAAAAAAAAAAAAAAAAAAAUGGUCAAAAUGGGUGUUGCUCAUUUCUCAGGCUCUUACUCCCCAGUCCCCAGUGAUACUAUGUAUUCUUCCACAUUACUAUCAAAGUCAUCUAUAAAAACCUCUCCAGCUUUCACUCUCAACAGCCAAGUCUUUCAGACCCAUAUCCCAAAACCCCUUAACAACAACUUCCAUUCUUCACAACCUUUGACUCUCAAGUCUCUCAAAGUUAGAGCAAUGGACACCCAAGAAGGAGUUCCAUCGAUGCCCUCCUUCGAUUUUCAUGGGAUUGAUCAGAAACUGGUUGACAGAAUGGUGUACGACUCUCUUGUUUGGAGUUCACUUCACGGCCUUGUUGUUGGUGACAAAUCUGUUCAGAGAUCAGGAAAAGUACCUGGUGUUGGCAUGGUUCAUGCUCCGUUCGCUUUAUUGCCCAUGCCAUUCCCAGAAACUCACUGGAAACAAGCAUGUGAGGUAGCUCCAAUUUUUAAUGAGCUAGUAGAUAGAGUGAGUUUGGAUGCAAAAUUUCUGCAAGAUUCACUAUCCAGAACUAAGAAAGCGGAUGCCUUUACCUCGAGACUUCUAGAUAUUCAUUCAAAGAUGCUUGAUAUCAACAAGAAAGAGGAAAUACGUUUGGGUUUACAUCGAUCAGAUUAUAUGCUUGAUGAACAGACUAAAUCUCUCCUCCAAAUAGAGAUGAACACAAUUUCCUCUUCAUUUGCUGGUCUUAGUAGUCUUGUCAGCGACCUUCACAGGAGCUUACUUGAUAAUUAUGGAAAGCUUCUUAACUUAGAUUCCAAAAGAGUUCCUGGCAACACUGCUGCUAGUCAGUUUGCAGAUGCAUUGGCAAAAGCUUGGACAGAGUAUAACAACCCCAGGUCUACAGUUAUGGUUGUGGCUCAAGCAGAUGAACGCAACAUGUACGACCAACAUUGGCUUUCUUCAUUGUUGAAAGAAAGACAUAAUAUUACAAGUAUUCGGAAGACUUUGGCUGAAAUUGAUGCAGAAGGGGAACUUCAAGCUGAUGGCUCACUGAUCGUAGAUGGCCAAGCAAUUUCAGUCAUAUAUUUCAGAGCAGGAUAUACGCCAACUGACUAUCCAUCUGAGUCGGAAUGGAGAGCUAGGCUACUGAUGGAGCAAUCAUCUGCUGUCAAAUGUCCAUCAAUAUCUUAUCAUUUAGUAGGUACCAAGAAGAUUCAGCAAGAGCUUGCAAAACCCAACGUGCUUGAGAGGUUUGUUGACAAUAAAGAGGACAUUGCGAAAUUGAGAAAAUGCUUUGCAGGCCUAUGGAGUUUGGACGACUCAGAUAUCGUUAACAAAGCCAUUGAAACACCCGAACUGUUUGUUAUGAAACCUCAAAGAGAAGGCGGAGGAAAUAAUAUCUAUGGAAAUGAUGUGAGGGAAGCGCUUAAAGCAUUACAGAAGGAAGGAACUGAAGAAGAUGCUGCUUACAUCCUUAUGCAAAGAAUAUUCCCUACUGUUUUUUCGACAUUUUUGCUUAGAGAUGGCAUUUGUCAUAAAGAUGAUGCUAUAUCAGAACUAGGCAUAUAUGGUGCUUACUUGAGGAAUAAGGAGAGAGUCAUCAUCAAUGAGCAGUGUGGUUAUCUGAUGCGAACAAAGGUAUCUUCCUCAGAUGAAGGUGGGGUUGCAGCAGGAUUUGCUGUUUUAGAUAGUUUAUAUUUAACUUGAUGAAAUGAAGCCAUGCCACCUUGCUAGUUGCUUGCUGCUAGUUAUUAAUAAUAGAAAGCCCUAUAAUUUCUGAUUAACCCAUAGACAGACACAUACAUCAUUUGUCAUGCUAAUUGUACAAUGUAUGAAAAUGAGAGUUAUAAACAGUCAAGAAAUGUUGGAUAAAGCAGAAUGAAUAAGCUUCUAUCUUCA